AUGGCGCGCCAGACAACCCGCCGUUUCUUUGGGGCGCUCGCGUGCGCCUUUGGCGUGGUUCUUGCUGCGGAUUUAACAGCCCCAGUUGGGGGUACUACAGCCGUGCAACAGCUGAACAAACUCUUCUUGCAUCUAAAGAGUCGCAAUGAAAUUUUGCAGCGCAUUAACGCCAUCCGGGCGGAGGCUGCUAGAACUGGAAACGCGCUCGAGUCCGACACCGGUGCGCCUUUUGCUGGUGUCGAGUUAGACGAGGUUUGUGUACACCCCGAGUUGAUCGGGGACGACGUUCUGAAAGUCAUGUCGGCGAUUAAAGACGAUGCCGAACAAAGAGCCGAGCAAACGCGGAAGCGAUCGGAUGAACGCCUGGCCGCGCUGGAGUGUGCUCCAGAAAAGGCCCUUGAGAGCGACAGACAAGCUGCGCGCGCCUUUCGCAAGCUCGCCAAGAAACAACUGGAGCAGAUCCUCGCCGCCAACAUUGAGGAUCAAACAGUGUUUCUGUUUGGCGCUUCCAGUGAGGUUUUCGUGUUCGCGGCGAAGGCGCGCCGCGUGAUUGUGAUUGAGAAGGAUCCCGAUGCUUGCGACAAGUUCCUCGCCUCAGCCCUUGGAAUCUGCUCACUGAAGGACAACGUCCAUAUUUUUUGUAUGAAGCACAACAGUCUAGGAGAGCGCGAGCGUCUCAUGGCGUUUUUCUCCAUGGCUGAAUCCCUUAUUCAAGACCAAUAUAGCGACAUUCCCUUGGACGUCUUACACUCUGACAUGAAUUACCCUGUCGCGCUGGCUCUUAAGAUUUUUGAAGAAAUUGACCAGUCCACGACUCUUGUCUUACGCCACCGCCUCAGCCAUGCUGCGCUCGAGGUUCUUGGGAAAUACUAUCGCCAGGUUCUGCUCGUUCUUCCUGACGAGAUGGACCCUGACGUGACGAAUUCGGCGUCGGUCCUGCUGCUGCGGAAGAAGUACGUGCCUGAUCCUCCACCGAAUCUCUGGGAGUCGUUCGUCAGCCCGGAGUGGCAGUUAGCUCCACGCGAAGAGCCGAUGGUCCUGUUUAGAGAUCUCGUUAGCCAGAUAUCGGAGCGUUUCCAGCAUGAACUGGACGAGCUGGAGAACACCCGCUUGGGCAUUCAGGCUCGGGCCAUCCGGUCUCACUACCAUCUGGCCACUGAUGAGGAAAGACAGGGAGACAUCGCCUUUCUCGAUGAGCUCCGGACCACGCUGGACAAUCCCCAGACACACUUCGCUACCGUCCAGGAAUUGUUUCGGCGGAGGUCACAGGAAGUGGCUGACAUAGAACGGAGUACUUCGGUUUUGAAAGAGUAUUUUGAGCCGCUGGACAAAGCCAUUGCUGCGAUGCCUGAGGAUUCUAUGAAGCACUUGCUCCAAGACAUGCAAAACGAUUUCGUCGUGGCAACGAACCGAAUCGACACAACUGAUAGCCAGCUGGAAUUGCUGGAAGAUAUCCUAGAACUGUUGAAUCCAGAGCUGUUCACAAGCUCUCAGCUCCUCCCAAAGUCCCUCCACGCGCUCCGCUUGGCAGUUGCCUCACUCAACAUCAUCACGGACGCGCACGCAAUCGUGCGCGACAUUGAAGAAACUGUUUUUCGGGGUGUUGAUCCGGUUUCUCUUGUUAAGGCAUAA